UAAUCUGUAUUUUACUGAAAUGUUUAAUUGAUAUUGUCUGUGCAAGGUUAAGAAGAGCAAGAAGUGGAACUGCAAAUUGUGUGAAGCAAAACAAUCAGUGCUGAAGGUUUAUGGCCAGGGCUCAGGUGCUGACUGUCGACGACAUGUGCAGAAGUUGAACAUGCUGCAGGGAGAAAGGAUGCAGACAGUGGAAGCAGCUGCUCGCUCCAUUGAGGAACCAGCAUUUGCAAACACUGACUGUAACUGCCAAAGACUUUGUACAGUGAGUGAACAGUUGGAGAGCUCAGCCAGCAGCCGCUGGAGUGUUUAUUUGGACCAGACUCCCAUUAUUGACGCAUCAGAUGAAGAAGGAAAAGAGGAAGACAUUGUAUACACAGAUCGCCAGCAGUCCCAGGCAAGUGUGAAGAAUGCCAACAGGAAUAGAAGCAAACGUAAAAGGGGAUUAUGUACCUCAAAGCAGCUGUAUGGAAACCGUACUGAGAACAAUGAAACAAAGUCCUCUCAAACAACCAUGGAUCAUUAUUUGAAAUGCAUGAACUCUACACCAACUGAAGGAGGAAGCAGGUGUCAAGAGAUUAGGAAUACAGGAAGGAACAAUGUUUCUGAAUCCAAUCCAGUGACCUCACUGAGUGAUAAGAGCCAGCAUGACACAAUCACUUACCCAACUAAGCAACAGGUUUUGCAGGCCUCUAGGUGGGAUAGAUUCCUGCCACAUAGUACUGCAGAUGAUGGUGAAUUCUUCAAUCAAGGCACUAAUAAGGCUGAGGGAUAUCUAACCUGCACGGGUUCUCCCUGCACUGACCAGCUCUCAAUGCAUUUUGUUAUUGAAGAUCACAAAACAGAUGUGGAUGGUUUUAGUGACUUGAGGGCAAAUUGUAAUGGCUGCCCAAGUUCACCACAAAUCACUGGAAGAGUUACAGAAGGAACUGUGACUCGAUCACUCACUUCUCUGGAAUGUGUUGAAGAAGACAUGACUAUGCUGAGUUUGCCUGAACUUACCAGUGAUGUGCAUAGACUCAGCAACAUUGCAGGCAGAGCUGUACCAGCAGUGCACGACCCUUUCCCGGCAUCCAUGCAUGAUGCCCCUGGAGUUUCAAGAACUCUAAAGUCAGGGCAUUCUUUGCCCCCUCAAUCUCUACCAGUACAUCAACUUUCAGUUUAUGAGAAUCCCAGUACAGCUUUUGGAUUCCAGGAUAAGCAACCGAGCUGCUUUCUGUCCCUCUUUCAGACAGAGGAGGAUUUUGAUGAUGUGUGAAUUUUGAUUUUCCCCGUCCCACUGCAGGGUCUGUGGCUCAAAGUGGGAGCACCUAAUGAUGUAACGUGCAAUAUGUGAUUCUUUUGCAAACAAAUCUGCCAUCAGAUUUUCAAUGCAACUUUUAAUGAAAGGUGAGAGAGAGAUUAUUUCAGGUAGUGCUGGUGAGAAACAGCACUUGCCUCAGUCAAUGUUAUGAGUUUUAAGUCCCACUUCAGACACAUUGAUGGCAUUGUUACAUUAUACUUCAAGUGUUAGUGUUGAGGGAUUGUUAAAGAUGGCAUCUUUGUGUUGCAAUUUUAAAUUGAGAUGCUCUCUCUACCCUCUCAAGUGGCAGUAAGAGAUUCCACAACACUUUUGCAGAAGAGUAGGGAAUUCUGAGCACCAUUAAAAUAUACUGUCUUCAUUACCAUGUAUCAGUAUUGGGAGAGUUCAGUGUGCAGAUUGACAUGUUUUCUCUGUUACAAGAGUGAGUAGUUUCUGUUUAAAAUUGUGCAGUGUAUAGCCGGAGAUCAGGAAAGAUACUAUAUUUGGGGUUUGGCUUAAAUAUUUUACACCUUGAUUUUUGUGCUUUUAAUUUGGGGGUAGUUGUUUGAAUUAAAGCAAUCUAAAAUAAAUUUUAAAAUAUUUCAACAUAGCUAGUUCUCCUAUAUUAAUGCUGUGAACUUUUUUUUCCCCCGAUUGUGUGUGAAUAAAUCUAGGGACAGACUAAGUUUAUUUCCUUCAACUGCCAUGAUUUAAGAUCAAGCAUACUCAGAGCAUUAGGCUGGGCCUUUGCAUUAUUAGUUGUGAGAUAUUUGACACCACCUCUGUUAGGUCCUGGCACUUUAAGGACAUUAUCCCUCAUGGAAAUAAGUUUCAGGCUGUACCAAAUUAUGAAGUUUUCAAAAUUCAGCAUUAAGCUCUGAAUUAUUGGAGGAUUCUCCACCUGGAGCUGCCCUUCAAGGGCUACAACGCAAUAGGAAAUAUAGCAAGUCUAUGCAGAUCAAUUCAAUUAGUGCCACUCGUGUUCUUUUGCCCACAUGUGGUGUGAAGGGUUGUAAACCCUUCACCAGCUUCUCACAUUAAAUAGUGAAGUGUCUACCAUGGUAACCAGAGAUUAUGUGAACACCUUCAAUUUUUUUCAGUAAAAAAAUUCAAUGCCUUAGUGCAUUUUAAAAUGCAGUUUUUAUUGCAGAGAAUAACAAAGUACAGAUUAAAUUUCUAAUGCUCAGUUAUAACAUUUUAAAGUGCUUUCUACUUGGGGGGCUGAGAUAUUCUGAAACCAAACAGAGCUUAUACAACACAAAUCACAUGGUGCAAGUGGGGGAGGAGAGAGAAGUCAAGAAAAAUAAAAGUUCAG